AUGCAGGCGCGAUCAAGAGCCCGCGGGGAGUCGGACCUGGGUCGUCCCGCGGUCAAAACAAAUCACAAUCAUGGCAACGGGUUACCGCCAGUUGCUGAAGCGUACCAUAAUCAUGAUCAUUCGCAUGGAGAGAAACAUUCGAGGCUCACGAAGUACCUGCUGGACCGAUGUCACAUGGGGUCGAUUCUACACAGCAUCUUGCUGGAGAAGGAUUCCAGACGGAUAGCGUACUUCGCGGUUCUGAAUCUCGCCUUUAUGCUCGUACAGUUUUUCUACGGGUUUGCUAGCGGAUCCCUGGGUCUGUUGACAGACAGCAUACACAUGCUCUUCGAUUGCGCGGGUCUAGCUGUCGGCCUUGCUGCGGCUGUCAUGAGCAAAUGGCCGUCGAACACCCGCUACCCCUACGGCUAUGGAAAGAUCGACACCCUCUCUGGGUUUGCCAACGGUAUCUUCCUCAUGCUCGUGAGCGUAGAGAUCGUCUUUGAUGCCUUCGAAAGGCUCAGCCACGGUCACGAGCUCAAGAGACUGAACGAGCUUCUGAUCGUCAGCGUCCUCGGCUUCCUUGUCAACAUCGUAGGUCUUACAGCCUUCGGUCACGCGCACCACGGCCAUGGCCACGACCACGGUCACUCUCACGGCCAUUCGCACGAUAGUCCCAGUCACAGUCACAGCCAUUCUCACAGCCAUUCCCACGACCACUCGCACAAACACACCCACAACCACAGCCCCUCCGCACACUCUCCAGCACCCUUCACCUCCGCCGCCACCCCCACCGCGCCCUCCCCGCCAGCUCACUCACACCACCACCACGACAACGAAAACAUGCAAGGCAUAUUCCUGCACAUCCUCGCCGACGCCCUCGGCUCUGUCGCCGUAAUCAUCAGCACGCUCCUCACGAAGUUCUACGGCUGGUCCGGCUGGGACCCGCUCGCGUCGUGCAUCAUCGCGAUUCUUAUCUUCUUCUCCGCGUGGCCGCUGGUCAAGAGCUCGGGUGCGAAGUUGAUGCUCAGCUUGCCCGCGGAUGUGGAGUUCAGCGUCAAGGAGACGCUGCAGGAGAUCAGCGGGUUGAGGGGCGUGGUGGGGUAUAGUGUCCCAAGGUUUUGGUUGCAGGAUCCGGGGAUGGCACAUGCGGACGCGCAUGCGCAUGAGCAUAAGCAUCAACACGGUCAUGGACAUGACCACGGACAUGGGCAAGGGUGCGAGAGCGAGGGCCAUGAUGGGCAGCAGAAGGUGUUGGGCGUUAUACAUAUCAGUGCUGCACGCACGGCGGAUCUGGAAGAUGUUCGGGAACGGGCUGCGCAGUUUUUGAAGGGGAGAGGUAUGGAUGUUGUGGUGCAUGUUGAAAGAGAGGGGGAUAGGAGAUGUUGGUGUGGCAGCGGUGUCAAGAGUAGCUGA